GUUAUAUUGGUAUAAUUUGAGAGUUAUAAGGUAGUUUGUCUAAGAUUGUAUGGUUAUGCUUCGCGUGACACCGGUGGAAACAAACAUGUUACUUUCAUCAGUUGGCAGCAGUCCGAUAUGAAUGCCACCUGGCGAUUAGUCGUUUGGAUCGCACUCAUUCGGGUUGUUGACUGGUGCAGACGAGUCUCUCCGCGGGUAGGUUUUGUAGAUGAGUGUUGUUUUCGCAGUGAAUAUAUAAAUGAGACAUUUUUGUAGGAAACUAGUGCUGUUCCUGUGAUUGUGAAUAUUAACGAAAAAUAUAAUAUUUAAGUUAUUUUACUUUGCAAACACCUUCCAUUUUUUACUAGGGUGGGACAUGCAAUGUGUGUGUGCGUGGAUCUGGAAGAUUAUAUAAAGUGUUUUGACAAGGAAAACAAUAACGGUCAACAGUAAUCACCACCAUGUGACGAACAGAAGCCGGCACUUCUGACAUCAGCUACGUUCCCGGACGGAUUGAAGACUUUCUGAUGAUGAACUGAAGUCCACAUGAAGCUGGCCUUACAGCCAUGCCAAGAAUUUGCCUCAGUACUGACAAGUUGAGGACAUGCCUUCCACUUCCUCAUCUUCUGUUCGUGCAGAGAUUCUCGCAUACAGUCGCACUCAGUCAGCUGUGCGCCGUUGUCGGUCACAAGAGCUCAGCACUUCAUCAGACAUAGCUCCAGUUCAUGAGGUUUUCCAGAGGACACAUUCUGUUUCUGAACUGUGUUCUCUUUUUGAACAGGCUUCAUUUGUGUGUGACUUGUACAAGAAACCAGUAAUGGAGGAGAAGAAGCCAUCAAGACUGGUGGGAUCAAAAGUAUCCCAGAUUGCAAACAUCUUCCAGAGCAUGGUACCUGCCAAAGAGACUGAGGUUUUGAUCAGCAACUCUGCUCCUCUACGGAACAAACCAUCUGACUCUUCACCAAAACUGGAACGGAGACGAACAGCUACAGGAACAGAGGAGGCAUUGAAGGAGCCGUCAACACCCCGUGAUUCUCCGACUCAGGUGACAGUUGUUCGCACUGAGAGUCAUGUCGCUCGUUUCAACAAUGCCCGUGCAUUGUUCGAAAAGUUGGGGGCAGAGGAUGGUCGUGGCAUCGUCAGCAAUACUGUUAAACCAGAGAAACCAGUCACAGUUCUUACCAUUACCACAGGUCCCAAGUUGCCUGUGAGUCAAGGCCUUCAUGGUUUACGGUCCCAAUCCAGUUCUGAUAACUCCUCCUCUGGUACAUCUCCAAUACGUUCACCUCGAACAGCAAUAGGUUCACAUCAUUCCUCUCGCUCACCUUCUCCCAGAGAACGAAAUCAAGGUGAUAGUGUCUCAAUGGGUGGGGGAUCUUUAUUUGGUAUUGUGAGCAGUGGGACAUCAGAAAUUGAUGGACGGAAGUCACUUACCACCAACGGGCAUCAAACUAAUGGAGGCCUAGAUGUAGAUGAAGAGGUGACUGUGCUAUCAACAAAUGUUUUGACAAAUGUUCCAACAUCUGCCACAGAGAGAUUAUUGCAGACACAGAAUCUGCGUACAGCUGGGAAAGUGACAGAGAGUAAUCGUUCAAAUGGGAUUAUUAAAAUUGAGAAUGAGAAGGCAGUAACUGAGGAGACAAUCGGAGGGGUGACAAGUUUGACAAAGAGGCCAGAAAAACCAGAGAAACCAGAAAGAAAGUUUAACAGUAGGGAACUGAUUGAGAAACAAAGGAACUGGACAUCACAUUUUUCAAAGUCUCGUUCAUCACGUUAUAACAGUGAUCCCAACAAAACAGAAGUGCGAGUGGGUUUGAGUGCUGGUGCCACAGAAAACAAGGCAGCUGUACUAAGUUCUCAACAACAAGCUCAGAAGUCAAAAGGUGAUAGCUCUCUGCCAUCAACAAACCCAGCAGCUCGAAGUGCCUCAUUCAGUGCCACAAGGCCUGUGAGGUCUCCCACUGUAUCCCCACCACCACCUCCUGUUCGAGUAGGACAGCCUUCACCCAUCAGUCCCACACCACGACACGAGAAGAAGGUUGGAAGUCCGACAGAACCUCCACCAUCUGUCUCACCAGUCAGGGACACCAUUUCAUCAAGUCUCAAUGAUGACCUGUUGAAACAGCAGCCUAAAACAUCACCAGAAGUAAACAGUACAUCAACCAGUACUUCCAUAGGGCAAGGAAGUGACACCAAUAGUGCAAGUAAUCUUCCUGUAGCAGUGACUAGUGAUGCUGAGAAGCGAGCACGCGAGGAGGAAGCAGGAGAAGUUUGUUAUGACGUUGCCCAUGUUGACAAACGCGGCAAAAAGAUGGUGUCUUCAGUUCAGCUCCAUCUUCAGGCUGCGGGGCUUGGCCCUACCAAACCCGUAUCUGUAGCUAGUUCCAGAGAAGAGUCCAGAGGUUGCCUCCCAUCAUCUGAACCUGAAAUAAAUCACUCUACGGAGAGUAAUUCCAGUCUUUCAAGCGGAAAUAUUACUGAUAUAUAUCCUUCUGCGCCUAUCACAAAUUCAGUGCUUCGUGAACUAGAGAAUCAGGACUCAGAUAAUACUUCUUGGUUACCGGCAGCUAGAUAUACUGAGAUCACCAAUCAUGAGUGUAGUGAAAAGGUAGAGGAAUCUAAAUUGCUGCAAGUUGUAGGUCAGCAAGAUACUUUAGCGUGGAGAUAUAAUGAAGGUACAGUUGCUAAGUUGCAGUCUGAUGAAGAAGGUGAUAAUGAGAAUGGUGUUUCUGAGAUUAAGAAGCGGACUGAUACGGAUUUAAAAGUGAAUUCAAUGCCAGCGCUUCACUACGAAGAACCAGGGCAGUUGAGUGAGAAAGAACAAGUUAACAGUGAAGCAGAACUAGGGCCAUUGGUUGGAACAGUUAGACAAGGUUCCUGUACUCCAGAAAUUGAGAUGGAGACAAGUAAAACCAGUGCUGAUGUGAUUGGUGGUAGUGGUUACAUUGCUUCUCAUAUUGUAUCCAGUGAUGGAAAUUCAGAUUUGCCUAUUGUCUUGGGACCAGCAACAGAUGUUGAUUCCAUCAAAAUGAAGGUUGCUGCUGGUAGCUGUGCAUCAGUGACAGAACAGUCCAUCAAGUUCUCUGUUCAGGAAUCAGAGCCAUUUUUGGUAUCUCAGUCAGUUGUCCGUCCUGAAGAAGUGAGUUCUCCCCCUUCCGUUUCCCCCACAGUGACAGCUAGAGCAGGAUCACCUGAGCAGCGUGAGGGUGUGAAGGAGGCUUCAUCAGAAGCAAGUAUCCUAGAUCUACAGGAUGUUGAAUAUGCUGAUGCUGAUGCAGAAGAUGGAGACGACGAAGCUGAACAUGAGGAGGAAAGAAUUAAGGCACCUGAGGACUUCUCACAGAAGGUAACACUAACUCCAGCUCAGAGAGGAAAUGACAAGAAUCAAGAAGGUUACCAGCAGCAGGAAGGUCCUAGAAGCUUGGCUUCAGAUGUUCCUGAGACCAUGACACCAGAUGAGGCAGAAAAUUUGCUUAGUUCAAGCAUUCUGGAAAAGAAAAUACGUCAGGAAGGUCUGUUGUCAGAUGAAGAAGCGCAAGAAGUCACGAGACUGCUGUCUCCUACAGAUGAGAAAGAUCAGGAAGACCCAGAAUGGUUAACUGAUGUCCUUUCAGUCACAAGUGAUUCCUUAAUACAAGAGUCUACACUUGACUACAGGUCCAGGAGUGAAAUGAGUGUGACAAUGGAGGACUCGAUGACAUCUAGCCAUGUUGGAUCUCGGUCUGGAUCAGAAUCUGGACUGCUUGGUUCAGUGAGUAGCCUUAAUGAUCAGGAUGGCAUUGGUGAUCAGGAACCAAGGAUUGAAGAUUUUAUGCCCCAGCCAGGGAAAGUGGUAAUUGUAGAGAAUGGUGUUCAUUACUUUGAAGAUGGUCACUUCUGGAUGGAAGUUCCUGGUCUUCCAGAAUCAGAAGAGGAAGAUGAUGUGGAUUUCCCCAUUCCAGUGAAGAAGAAUACUAAGGUCACAUUUAGUACAGGGCCAAUCAAAGUAUACAGCACAUUUUCUGUGAAUGAUUAUGAUCGUCGUAAUGAAGAUGUUGAUCCAGUGGCUGCAUCAGCAGAGUAUGAGCUUGAGAAGCGAGUGGAGAAGAUGGAGGUGUUCCCUGUGGAACUGACCAAAGGCCCAGAAGGUCUUGGACUCAGCAUCAUUGGAAUGGGUGUUGGUGCUGAUGCAGGCUUGGAGAAACUAGGUAUCUUUGUGAAGACUAUCACUGAAUGUGGUGCGGCUGCUAGGGAUGGCAGGAUUCAGGUGAAUGACCAGAUAAUAGAAGUUGAUGGAAAGUCUCUAGUUGGAGUCACCCAGGCAUAUGCAGCUUCAGUACUUCGGAAUACUUGUGGUCUUGUUAAGUUCCUCAUUGGCCGGGAGAAGGAUCCUCAGAACAGCGAAGUGGCUCAGUUAAUAAAACAAUCUUUACAGGCUGACCGAGAACGAGAAGAACAACGUCGACAGAUGGAACAGCAGCAGCAACAACCACCUCCACGAAGCUCAUCACGGGGCCUCCAUCAUGCUAGUGAUGGUGGCAUAACAUCACCAGAUGGAACCCGCUCCGAGGACAGCAGUUUGACCCUGCCUCUCACAGGCACUUCUCCCACCACAUCAUAUUCAUCUGAAGGCCCAACUAGCCCCCCAGGUGCCAAUGACAGUGUCUUUGACCAUGAUGCUUCUAAAUCAUCAGCUUUAUCAAAUGAUGUUGAUGCGCUGAGACUGCUUCUACAAGAGAGUCAAUUCAAAGUUGCAUUAGCUGAUGGUGAUAUCUCAAGGCUAAAAGCUAGGUUGGUGGAGAUGGAGCAGAGUGGACUAGACAGUGAGGAGUUCCUUGAGAAACUUCGACAGUCAACGAUGAAACUGCGAGAGAUGGAACACAGUCUACUUGCAGCUAAGAAGGAUGUGGCCAGCUAUCAGGAUAUGCUGGAACAGUCUCAGGGCCAGUACAUUGCACUAGAGAAGAAGUACUGUAAAGCAAAGAAGCUGCUAAGAGAGUUCCAGCAGAGAGAGCAAGAUUUGUUGCACCGUGAAGAAUUCUAUCUUCAGCUACUUCAAGAGAAAGACACAGAGUAUAAUGCUCUAGUGAAAACGCUUAAGGACAGGGUGAUUCAACUGGAGCAGGAACUACUGGAGACACAGCGCAAGGCUGGAUUCCCUGUAGUGCUCCCAUAUGACAGCUCAAGCCUGCGUCAGUUGACACCUCAGCUCUCCCGCAGACAGCAGGCUCCUCCUGUGAAACCCCUUCUCCAGCAGCUUGAGGCGGAACUCUCCGACACUGAGAUAUCUGACAUCAGUCCAGACGACGGUGAUAAGACUGCUACAGUAGAACGGAAGAUGGGGUUGGUUACGGAUGAUCUUACUGCCCAGAUGCCAGUGAAGGAAGAGCUGGAUCGUGCAGUUCCACCCCACGAGUUGUUAGAUGUAUCAGCCUCCAAGGCAAAGGCAGAGCUAGCGACACGUGGAGGCCUUGCAGGCAGACAGCUCCCUACAAGCAAGAAGGGCUCUGGAGGACUUAGCUCAAGUAGUUCUGACUAUGGAUUGGAUGAGAGCUGUGAUAAUUCUGGUGAUGAAGAAGACCAGGAUAGGCGACAUCUGUAUAUUGAAUAUGUGGGGCAUGAGGAAUCAAACGCUGAACCUCGGACAUCAGCUCUUAAUGCUCAGAACCAACAGCAGCAGCAUCAUCAGCCUGCCAGUCGUCCCACAUCAUUGUCCCCCUCUUCAUCUCUGUACAAUAAUGUUUCGGCCGUGUCAUCCAGCUCUAGCACAUCUCACGUCCACAGUCUUGUGUCCCAGUUCUCAUCCAGCCAACAGCAGCAGCAUUACAUUACCUCUUCUCAGCACCUGACCACACAACAGACAGUUUCAAAAAUUCAGCAUCAACAACACCACAUGCACUUCCAGCCAGUGACCUCACCGUCUUCUUUACAUUCCCCUUCCAGUUCAGCAGUUCUACCUCACACAACUUCAACUGCCCUCUAUAGUCACGUCACUCAUAUGCCAACAUCUCAACCAUUACACCACUAUCACCCCCGUCAACAAACUACAUCAUCUCAUCCCCAUGGUAUCGCUCAGUCACACCAUGCAGUGACAGGGGUUAUGUCCCAACAUCAACCUAGCCCUGACCCCUGGAUUGGUCGAAACAAGGGGCCCACACCCACAUAUCCAAUUGGACCACCUCGAGGACUUGCGGGACCCCCGGCAUCUUUGGCGGAGCAACUGAAACAGGUGCUUGCAGAAAGAGAACGUAGGAUAUCGGGAGGAGAUCAGACCUCGUCCAGAGAGUGCUCAGGUGACUUCACUGAGAUUAAUAAGGGAGUGUCUCAGAGUCUGGCAGAAGAAAUACGACAGGCGGUGAAUGAAGCUAAUGCCAGAGUGAAGAAAGUGUCAAUAAGCUCAGCUUUAUCUCCAUCCAACACACAGACGCCAUGGCAACCACAGAGCUCUCUUUUGCAAGAAAUGGCUCCUCCUUCACCUUCCUCAAUCUCAUCCUCGGGCAGUGUCUCUCCGGGAGUACCCACAGCCGAUCCGAGCCCCAGCAAACCUGUCGCUAUAGAUUCAGAUGUAUGGGCACCUCCACACCCUCAGGAUCUCAAUAGUUCAUACUCGGCAGAGAAGAAGUCUUCACACUUCUGGCAGAGUGCCCCAGUCACAGACUGGUCAAAAGAACAGGUUUGUCAGUGGCUGUUGGCUUUAGGGCUGGAGCAACACAUCCCAAAAUUCCUAGAGCAGCAGGUGGGAGGCUCAGCUUUGUUACAGCUUGAGUCACGGGACUUUAAACAGCUGGGUGUAAAUGGCGAUGACAAGAACAGGCUGAAACGCAAGCUUAAGGAGCUGAAGGUUCAGGUGGAGAAGGAGAAACGCCAGCAGGAGAAGGAGAGAAAAGAAAAGGAGAGACUGCAGAAGAAGGCAGAGAAGUUGGCUGAGAAAGCUAGCAAGCGCAAGUAACGUGGUUCUCUCCCAGUCCUUCCUUGCUCCCAUCCCCUUCCAGGCAGUUAUUGGACUGUGGAUGAGUCCUCAGUUUCACUUAUUGAGAGUUUGAUGUCAUCUGUAUGUCCUGUGCUAUAAUAUAGAUUUGAUACCAGUUAUUUCAUCUUAUUUGAUGAAAUAUCUUCAUAAAAUAACUUGGUUUGUAUGUAGAAAGGAGAUGAAGGAUGGAAGUGAAUAAAUGUGUCAAUUUACUUUAUGAGGCCACAAGACAUAGAAACUGAGUUAUGGAUGUUGCUACAGAUAAAGAGAAAGAUAUGUUUUCAGUGUUAAUUUAAUCUGCUAAUGAUGGUAAUUAUAAUUUAAAAAGGAACUAAUUCAAAAUUUUAUUUUUGUGACUUUCAUUUUGCCUCUUCUUCUUCUGUUUCUUGACCGUUACUUCGGUCUUGCAGUGCCUAAUAUUUUCUUCCAUUCUUCUCUAUUUUCCCAUCCUUCCGGAGGUAGUUUCCACUCUAUCAUGAUUCUUAUAAUUAUGUCGUUCCAUCCUAGUCUCAGUCUCCCUCUCUUCCUUCUCUCUUUUGGUUGCCAUUUCAUAGUCCUUUUUGGUAACCUAUCCUCCUCCAUCCUUUGCACGUGUCCAUACCAAAUCAGUUGUCUUUUCUCUAUCUUCUCAAUUAUAUCUCAAUCCACCCUCAUGAUUUCUCUAAUCCUUUCGUUCCUCACUCUCUCUCUUCUGGAAAUUCCAGCCGCUCUUCUUAGGAAAUCCAUUUCCAUCAUUUUUCCUGUCAUAGUAAAUAUUCUGCACCUGUUUAUUUUUAGUUGAAGUUCACCAUUUGUCUUCUUGUCCAUUCCACAUUCCAGAUCCUGUAAAAAUGUGUGUGAAAGAGAAGUUAAUUGUUAGAAAAAUCAAUGUGUGGUGAUAGAUGAUGGUAUAUGUUGAUUAGCAGACUGAUUCAGGCUUUGCUCAAUACAGAAUCCAUUAACAGUAGCAUUUGCGACUUCUAGUUCACAUUCUCAUUAACAUAAAAGCUGAGACUUGUCUCUCAAGUUGCAGAAAAAGGUUAAUUCUCUUUAUUAUAUAAACAAAUGGAAUGUCUGGAUCUGUGUGUGUAAAUGAUGCAUUUGUGAUUAGCAAGCUGUAGCGUGUGAAUGUACGAGAUGGAAUUGGUCUUCUGCGUAAAUAAUUAUUAUAAGAAAUUUGACGUCUUUGUGAAUGCUGAUAGCAGUUGUUAUAUUUGCCUUGGUGCAGAACUGGUCUACACAAACUGUUUGUAGUUUGUCUUCACUGCACUGGGAGAAAUAAAGGCAUUGUUAUGUCAUGAAUAAUGGAUAUUAGUGCCAAAUGGCAGCUAUUUGGAGUUGUAAUUUAUAUUGUAAAUAUCUCAAAUGGUAUUUAAUUAUUAUUCAUACUGAUUAAGUAUUAACGGUACUAAGAGACUUAAUGUAUUUUGUUCCUUUUUGUUUUUCUUUCCCAUGGCAGCAAAAACAUUGUAUCUAGUUACUUUUUAGAAGAUUUUCAAUAAUACUGUUGAGUCACAUUUCUGUGACAAAUAAACCAUUAGAUCCUGUGUUUCUACCCAAAUUUAUAAGCAAGUUCUGCUUUUUUUAUUAAUUGAAUAGAUUCAGUAACAAAAGUAUUAUUGAAAACAAUAAGUAAUUCAUGGAACAUGUGUUUAAAUAAAUAAACAUAUGUACAUUGUAAUAUCAUAGGGACUGAAGUUGCAGAUGUUGGUAUUAGUACACUUUGUCAUUCUUUACCCUCACCCCAUUUCAGAAUUGUUUUUGAAGAUAGUAGGCAGCAAAAGAGAAUCUAGCAUCCUGUUGUGCAAGUGUCUGAGGUGAUACGUUUAUGCUGAUUUAGUUACGUAAGGCGUGAUUCGGUAAUAGCUCCAGCCAGUCAGAUUUAGCAUCGGGUCGUGUUGGUUGUUGGCAUUUGAAUUACAUCAUUCAUAUCAACUGAUUCUUUUACCAUAUUUUGUUUGUAUUGGUCCAAGCAAUAAUUCUAGAACAUCAAGAUAUUUGUCGCAUUAGAAUUACAACUUUACUUUCAUGAGAAAUUUAUUCAGAGUCCCCUUUCUUUUAGAUACUGGAGUUGUAAUAUGUUUGCUAUAAUUACUUUGUUGUAGUUUGGUUAAACAUGAGUAAGAAGGAAACUUCAUUUUAUAGCUCUAGUCAUGUGGGAGUUCGGAAUUUAUGCAGCUGAGCUAUCGAAUAUUUUCUAAAGUAUUGUAUUAUGUGAGUCAGCCAAGUUCGUCAUGUUAUUGAAUUUAUACAGCUAAAUUACAGUUGUUCUAUAAGCCAGUCGAAGUGAUAACAGCAUUGUCCUAGAUCUUUUCCACAAUAUAAGUAAAUCUAAAGGAUGGUGUAUUCUUUAAUAAUAGUAAUCAGUCUCAAACGUAUGAAGUAAUUUACACCACCUGGUUGAGGAUUAUUGGAACAUGGUAAUGAAGUACACACAAUUGGCAUUUACACUGAAUACAAUGAUACUGCCUUUACUUCUUCUUCUUCUUUAGCACUACAGCCCUUUCAGUGUAGGCUUGGCUUCUCUUGCGAUCGAUGCCCAGUCUUCCCUAUUCUGUGCUUUUCUUUUCUAGCCUCUUACGCCCAUCUGUUUAAGAUCGGACUCCACGUCUUCAAUCCACCGGAGUUUCGGUCUUCCUUUCUUUAAUUUGCCAGGAGGUUUACUAUUGAUGAUCAUCUUACAUCCUCUAUCGUCACUCAUUCGGAGUAUAUGUCCAAGCCAUUCUGUCCUUGCCUUUAUUACAGCUACAAUAUCUGAGCUGAUGAACAGCUUCUCCAGCUCGAUAUUCAUUCUAAAUCUCCAUAGGCCAUUGUCACAUGUUGGACCAAAAAUCUGCCUUAAAAUUUUCCUUUGCCAGGUCAUAAGCAUUCUUUCAGCUAGAGAUGUUAAAGUCCAGCAUUCAGAUCCGUACAAUACUAAAGGUCGUAUUAUAGUAGUGUACAACCGCACUCUAAGGUUUUGGUGGAAUACUGCCUUUACAAGCUGCAUUAAAUCCAUAUAACAAAUAAAUAUGCUAUCUUCACACGUUAUUUCUCUUUUUAUGUUUGCUGUCAGUUUAAAACCCUUACUAGUACAGUCGCUGAGUAUCUUUGUGGAAACCAGUAAUGUUACUUGAUGUUAUUGAAGUAUAAUUGUUUCUCCUAAUUCUGAUGGCAUUAGGUAAAGAUAUUCAUUUUCUUCCGUAUUCAUUUUGCAAACUAAUAAGUCGUAUGAAAAUAAUUACUGUAACUGUUCACUUAGAUGAUUCACAGUUGUAAUUGAGGUGAAUAUUAGUGUUGACAACAAUUUCGCACUUUCACUGCCAUUUUCCUGAACUAAUUGGUAAUGAAAUGUAUACUUACUGUGAUAGUAUCAUGUUAGGUAACGGUAGAGGUGCUUUGUUUUACUCCUGUUUUUGCUGACGGUAGAUCUCAUGUUUGCAUCGAUCAUAUGUUACAAACAGUCAAAGAAAAACAGGAUUGACAAAUUCAUUGUCACUUCCACAGAUACUCUAUAUUAUUUAAAAUGCAUUGUUCUGUUCAUUACUGGGUAUGAGUUGUGAGGUUAAUAUCCAGUUCCAGGGAGGGGUGACUACUUCCAUUCUGGUCAUGGGACCCAGCUAGCUUCCUAUCCAGUGAAAGCUGAGGGCUCCUUCCCCAGUGUUACGCAACUUGAGUGUGAAGCUGAUCAUUAUCUCGAAGUAGUGAUAAGAUUAAUAAUACAUGGAGCUUUCUCUCCAUGCCCACUCUGCACCACCUUUACAUAAUUCAUAAGAAUGGGGACAACUUUAGUUUACCAUUUUGCUUAUAUUGAGCAAAUUAAUUAAUUGUAUCUGACUGCCUGCUUUAUAUUUUCAUGUGCUUCAUUCUGUUUAUAAGCAUAUUGGAAAUAUGACAUUUCCUUUGUCCCUGGUACAAAAUCAUGAUUUAAUAUAAGCCUUACAAGAAAAUAGUAUGGAAUUAUAUUCAGACUAAUACAACAAACUUGGUCUAACAUUUCUAGUUUUCUCCUAUGCAUAGCACAUAACAAGUAAUGCCAUUCCAAUACUCAAUAUCUGUUAACAUUUAACUCUGAUAAUAUGAUAUUUAAAGCACUUGUAUUACUUAGUGUGUACAUAAAUUAUGUACAUGAAAUCUGGUAUGGUUUCCUUUUUGUGGUUGCAUCGUAUCAAAACUUGGUACUUAUGGUCCCAUUGAGAGAAAUUUUGAAUUCAGUGCAGUCUUACAUCCAUAUAGAAGAAUUGUCUACCCUCCUUAACGAUUGUUCAGAAACAUGGAAUCCAGAAUUGUAUUUUUUGGUGUUCUUUUGGUACGUGUGUUCUAUAUGAAAGAUAAGGUGUGGCAGUAUAAUAAUGUCUGUCAGAUUUUUUUAUUGGCAUCUGUAAAAUAUGUUUAAUUGUCACUCCCCUAGAACUCCUAAUUUUUUUUGGAGCGUAUGAUAAAAAUGUUGACAUCAUCUUUAAAUAUAAAGCUUAGGAUCUUGCACUAAUUAAAUAAAGACAGAUUCAUUAUUUCCACUAAUCAUACAUUUUCUUGUUUAGUUUUCCCAUAAUCUGCACACACCGUUAAAUUGAGUAUGUCAUAGUAAUACAAGUUUAAUGACAAGUGUAAAUGUCUGAGGCAGAUUUCUGCUAACCUACAAGUAAUGCCACUUUUAGUUGCUAGAUCUAAUGUUAAUGAGUUUAACCUCGGUGUUUGUGGCUGAUUCCAUACCUUAAACACGAAACUAGUCUUUUGGCAGCUCUUUUUGAUAAUUGGCACAAUUUCGCUUUUUUCUUUGUGUGCCGUAUUUGUUACAUUUUAAACUUGGAAGCAUAUGAUUUAAAAAUUUUGUAGCUAUAUUAACAAAUUUUGUGUUAAUGUUUCAUGUGUCACUCGUAUAUACCAAUUAAUUAAUAAAAAAGUUAAGGUUGCUGCAUCUAGGAUUUUAAAUAUGUGACUUCCUACAGGACGCUGUGGUCCAUUCUGAUGAAGUAAUUUAUUAGAAACAAGCACUACAGUCCUUGUGAGCACACUUAUUUUGAACAAAGAUCAUGAUUUGUGCAUUAAAAGAUAUUUGUGAUAAUAAGUUGAUAAAGCAGUACCCUGCCGCUAUCUGCAUGUCAGAAAUGAUUAGCACAAUUUGGGUCUUGGCAUAACAACAUUUUGAUACAUGUACAUUGAUGAAAAUGAGGUGAUUGUUUAUGCUCAAGUAGUAUGAUACAUAAGUAAUAUUACACAUCUAGAAACUGUUUUUAAAAAUACUUUGUCCAUGUGAAAAUUUUCAUUGGCUGUCUGAGGUGGUUUAGGGCAGCACUAACCCAUCAUACAAUCAAGAUUUGUAUCUCAAAAUGUAAUUGUUCCAUCCUUUAAAUUGUUUAAAUAAAUAUUAAAUUUCAUUUUAAGUAUAGACUUUUGUAGAUUCGCAGUUCAUCCACGUUCACACAGAUGAAAGCGAAAUCCACAAUAAGUCAACAGUGUUUUUGUAUUGCACAAAAAGUGAGGUCACAUGUUUGAAUGAAUAAGAAUUUGUAAGAAAAAUUCAUUUUUUAAAUAAUAGUAAAUAUUGGGAUGGAUAUUGGGGCAUGUAAUCUUUGUGUUGCAUCAGACACUACAUUUUGGGGAAUUGUUCUACCGCAUUGCAGGAUUGUUUCGUGCCUAGUGAUAUAACAGAUGAUUAGCAUUAGUCAAGUGGAGAAUGGAGAAUUGUGUUUUAAUCUCUUUAUCUUUGCAGAAAGUAAACCACUUCAGUUUCAUCUGUAAUUAAAUUCAUCUUGACAAAUUAGUGUGCCCGCUACAUUGAUGGGGUAUCGUAGAUACAUGGGCAUAUUAUGAUGGUAUCUGUAGUCUUUGCGUACUAUACGAAGUUAGGCUUUAAAUACAUCUGCCAUCAGUUUUAUACAAGGUAAAAACACCCAGAGAAAUUUUGGUUUCUUUGAGGUAUGUUUAAAGGAAAUUUAGCAUUGGAAUUAUUUACUGUAAAAUUCCUCAGUCCCUUAUGUACUGAUUUAAAAAAACAUAAAAACUUAUGUUUGUGCAUGACAUGAUGACUGCUAGAAUAUUUUUAAUAGAGGGGAUGACCAGUAAAUUGACGGAGAUAAACUAUAUGUAUUUAUAUUGUAAUAUACAGUUAAUAUUUAUUGUGUAAACCAUCGAUUUGAUUUAGAAGUGCGUGCAUGUAUACCAUCUCUAGAAGACUGUAUGUUAUUGUAUUGCAAGGUGGUAGGAAAUUUCCAUGAUAACAUCUCCAGUUUUUUCCAAUUUCUUAUGCUGUUACUGCCCUUACGAAAUAUGACACGUGACAAAAGAUGAAACAGUCAUUUGUGUUACUAAACUUUAUUGAAGACUCGGUACUGAUUACCAGCUCAAUAUUAAUGAAGUUGGAUUUUGGUAAUAAUUUGGAACCUGUAAGAUUUGAGGAUUUCACAGCGGUGAUUAUGAAGAUUCCUGUCUUCUGGGUUGUUGCGCUGUGUAGUCUGGUCGAUGUUUACCAAUGUUUCUGAGGUCAUACUGCCUCUGUCAUCAGGGCGAUUCAUCUACCAGACUACACAGCGCAACAACCCAGAAGACAGAAAUCUUCAACUUGGAACCUAUUACUGUUGAAUUAUGACUUAUCACUUGUGGCAGUCCUGAAUAAAAUGUUUUGUAAUAUAAUUGUCAGUUGUCAACAGCCAUAUUGGAGUGCUGUUUAAUUAGGAAAUGAAGUUGUUAAGGGAAGCCAGUAACCAAGGAAGUUAAACAUGUUUAACACAGGUACAAUCUUACUGAUCAUGCAUUAACUGAAUUUAAUGCAGAUUAAAGCUAAAAUUGGUGCAGUUGCACUUGAAACAUUGUACUUAUCAAGGUCACAUUUAAUUCUGAAUACUUAGGUAAAUGCAAGAUAAUUAAUAGUAAUACUUAAAAUUGUGGCAGACAUUUCAUGUGUGAUUGCUGUGAUGAAUAUUUGUAAUUAUAAUGUGAGAACACUAUUCGUACAUCACGGUUCACGUGGCAUGCAGAAAUGUUUCCGGCUGUAGUUUGCAGUUUAAUUAUAUUUUAUAAUGAAACAUACCAUCGCAGUUUUAAAAGAAGUAAUAAUGUGUACAUUUUUGGUGGAUGUGUGGCUAGUUUUUACAAUGCUUAAUUUUGUUAAAAGAAGUCAAAUUUCCUUUCUCUUUUUUGAUUGUAUAGUUUAAAAAUUCACAAUUUUUGGCAUAGAAUGUAACAUUCAGUGAAAAUAAAAGUAAUAAGUACAG